AUGGGAGAUCAUGGAGACGCCUUGGUGGGAGUCUCAAUCGCCAUCUCCAUCGUCCAGAUUGCUGCUGUCGCUGCCCGAUUCUAUACGCGAUACUGGCAGCAAGUCCCCUGUCGGAUGGAUGACUACCUCAUUAUUCUCGCAUCGGUAGUGACUCUUAUUCAUUCCAUUAGCCAUGAGCUGAUUGAUUCCUUGCAGGCGGCAUGUUCAGGGCAGGCAGCUCUAUAUAUCUUCUUGGUCUAUCGAGGCAUUGUCGGCCGCCACCUCGAGAUCGUCGAGCAACUGCCUUUGAAGCUCGUCAUUCUGGGCAAGGGCCUCUAUGGAUACAAAGAGAAGAAAUUCUCCGGGGAUGGAGGGCAGGGGUUCUGA